AUUUUCAAAGCGGUUCCUCUGGUGGACGGAGGAUGUGGUAGCUAGGGUGGGGCGGAGGGAGAAAUGGAGGAAUUGAAGGAGGAUUGUGUGGGGUAUUGUUCCGGAAUCGAUGAGGAUUACGAGUUUGACGCCCCUCAGUUCUAUAAUUUCACCAGGGGAGAAUUCGAUUCCGACGUUCAGGAGUUGGAGCGCUGGUUUGAAGUUUCCGGAGAUUAUCCCCCUUCUCCUUUCAUUCUUGCGUUGAAUGAAAAAUUUCAUCCAGUGGAAGGCGCGGCCAACUCAUCAGAAGCAAAAUGCAGCAACAACAGGGCUAAAUCAACCAGCAGCACCAGUUCAAAUACUGGUAGAAGUAACCGCCUUUCGACUUCGAAAAAGGAUGCCAAAGGUUUGUCUUCAGGAAAGAUCCAACCCACACAAGACAAUGCAAAACCAAAGGCAGAUGAUAAAUUAUUACAGGCGAAAAGCUCAAGCUUUAUGAAACCGACCGUUAGCCACUUGGCGAAACAAAAAAAAGUUCUCGACAAUAAUUCCAGCAACUUUUCUAAAAGGUCUAGCUUCCAUUUUAAGUAGUAGUUUCGGUCAGGUUGUUGCCGGGGUGGUUCUCGUCUUCUUUGACUGCCCAUACAAUCUAAAAAGGCUCAGGAAUUGUGAGGGACCAAUGAUUUCAUAUGGUCUUGCUAAUUAGAGCUUGAUAUCCAACUUGUGGGUAUGUGCUGUAUUUAGGGGGUAGUUUCUUGUUUCUUCUUCACCAGGUUUCAGAAAACAUCUGCCAAGCUUGAUAAAAAAGGCUUGCAGAGCCCAACUAGAUGUGACAACCUUGCAUCAAAAUGAGAAAAGCUUGAGAUUGGCUACUUAAAAAAGGUUUGUUUCAUAAAAUUGCUUCGAUGAACCGGACUUCCCACAUUAACUUGCAUAAACACUAACAGG